AUGAAUGAACGUGCAUCGACGCACUUCAGUACUAUUAAGGAAGGAGACUAUGUAGUUGUUCAGAAAGUCGGUGGAGAACAUAUUCGUGUCAUGCGACUAGCAUCUAAACAGAAAGUACUCAUCGAAAAGCUCAAGUUCGAUGCUGAGAGCGUUUUUGGGCAUCCGUAUGGUCUCUUUGAGGUAUCGUCCGGUAAAGCUAUGCCAGUGUGUGCUUCACGAAUAGAUCGAGAAGAAGGUGUGUCGAAGUUAGUGGAAGGUAGCAAAUCAUUCAGUACUCGAACGGAAUAUAGCAAGAACAAAUAUAUAAGGCGAAAAACAAAGAAGCAUUCCGACAGGGUGCUUAUUUUGAAGCCUACAAUACGCCUUCUUGCUUGUUCUUACUACAUUAAGGACUGUAUCCGCGUUUCCAACUUAAGGGUGGAUCAAUUAGGCAUGAUUUUGCAAUUGGCUGGAGUCCAUCACGGGAAAAAUGUUCUCGUCUUUGACCAGGUAUUAGGGGUGGUUUCCGCCGCAGUCAUCGAUAGACUUGGAGGAGAUGGUUCUUGUAUUCAUCUACAUCGCGGAAUCAUAGCUCAGUCUAUACCAUGCGUACAUUGUAUGGACUUCAGCGAAAAGGUAUUUCUUAAUGGGUUUUUUUUCAGUGUUGUGGAUUAUAUUGUCCGUAGGGUGGGGGCUUACAGUGUUGCUCUAAAUCUAUCAAAUUUCCCACUAACUUUGAUUACUACCUUAUGCGUUGAUCCAGUGUCCGUUUUGGAGACAGUAUUUCAAAAAUUACGCCCGUGUGGGCGCCUCUUACCACUGCACCACCCGCGCCCUACGAAAAUGAAAUAUUCAAACUUUUGUCAGUUGCUCAGCGGUAUUAAAGUUAUACCUACUGGUCUGCCAUAG